GUCAAGUGCUGGUGACAUACUAGCCUACUUUUGUUUUCCCUAUGCAGGAUUUGCAGUGGUGCUUAGGCAUGGUGACUGUUUAAUCUUUGAUCCCACUGAGCCACAUUGUAUUUCGUCCAAGGCAGUUUCACGAGACAUUUAUUGCACAUCUUUCUAUUGUAAGAGUGCUUUGAUUGGUGGCAAUGACAACUCAAAAAAGCUCACAGCGGAACAAAUGGCAUUUGUAGAACAAGAAUACCCGUAA